AUGCCCUCGCUGACGCACCUUUUGAAUUUCGGCGUAGUGCCAAGGAGAUGCGAGGCGCAGUUUGAGAGCCGCCGCGAGGCGCCCUGGCCGCAGCUGCGGGACGCGCCCAGAAGUGGCGCGGUCGACGGAGCGUUGGAUCUGGCAGACGCGGAGGCGCAGCUUAGUCUGUUUUCCCACACCUCUUUUCACAGCUCUGUGCUUCGGUAUCGUUUAACCAGUCCCCAUCCCCAUCCCCAUCCCCUUCGAGCCACGCCGCUGGGGAUGGGGGUCGGUCAAGCAGUGCUCCUGGCUUGCCUGGUGCUCGUCCGUGUCACGCCGUCGCUCCCGCCGCGCUUAGCGUAG